AUGUCAGACACUUCCAGUGUUCGCAGCUCUAUGCGCGCAAGCACAAUGUUGAACCGCCCACAAAUUGCCCCCAUGGGUCCCAGGACACGCCAGGGCGGUAUUGCAAGGGGGUCAGCGCUCCUGGAGAGCAGCACACAGUCACGUCUGAGCGCGCUUGACUUAACAGAGUUCGGGGGAAGAUCAACCAUGAAUGGCAGCCCAACCCCAAUGUCACCUUCCUCUUCUUCCUUGCAGUCCACCGCGCGCAAGUCGCUUCCACCCCUCUCAGAGGAGGCUACCUCGUCAGACCAGGCGCCUGCUUACGAACAUGAAUCCGAAGAUCUUUCUGAUGUCGCAUCAAGUUCCCAAGUACCGUUAUCACCCUUUGGAGUAGAGCCUGAUUCCCCAAGCUCCAUACCGUACUAUCGCGAUGAAGAAUACAGCAGUCAUGCUGAAGUUUCCUCAAUAUUACAACCUCCAACAAACUCCGAGGAACACGAAUAUUCUGUACCCCCAUACGAGGAUGAGGAGCGCUAUAUCUCUCAAACAGAGCCUGCACCUACUGUUCAAUCUCUGGCAGCCGUGCAGCCGGAACAUCAAGGCGUAGAAUAUGACGAGGAAAACAUCUCCACCUCAUUACCACAUCCUCCUGACCCUCCCGUCGUAGAACCCCCAGUGUCUGAAUUCUCGGAUACUCCGCUACUUGAAUUAGUGGUUCCACAAACACCCUCUCAAUCAAUGCAAGAAACCGAACCAUCAGCACCUGAACUAUUGACGGCAGAACCUCCAAUAUCUGAAGUUUCAUCUGCAGCAGUUACCCCAACUCCAGGAACACCAGGGCGAGACACUGAUACCCCAACCCCUUCAUUUACAGAGCCUGCGGUUCAGGCACCGAUGGCCACAGUCAAAGCUUCCGCUGCUUCAUUGCCACCUCCGAGAUUAAUCCCACCCGCGCCGAUCAAAUUUGAGAGCACACCCGUUCCUUGGAAAGGAUUGCCCCUGGAUGCUGCCCUCUGGACGGUGGAUUCCGGAGAAUUGCAGGAUGUAGUUUCGCGGGCAAUCCGUUCGUCGGCCUCCGAAUCAUUUGUUCGUUUAUUGACGGCAGAAAAUCUUGACAAGGUCUUACCAGCAGAGUUGGAGAGAUUGGAGUCGUUGAAAAUCGUGACACAAUCGAAAUACCGAUUCCUUGUGCAUCGACGGACGAUGCUUUUUCAGGCAUUGAAUUCGACAUCACUAGGCCAGCAAAAGGAUGGAGAAGACGGGGUAUCUGUUGUUAGUCGACUCGCUACGCAGCUUGCUGAUACAAUUGGAGAAUGCGAUAAGAAUUUAGAAGAAGUUCUCAGAAUCACUGACCAAAUAGCACAAAUCAACAAAUUGAUCGAUACUCACUGGAGUAGCGCUCUAGCUAUUGCAUUGCGAAAGCUCAAUGGAAGUUAUGCGCGUCGAACCGUUGAUUUAACAGCUGCGAAGGACCGCAUCGCGCAACUCGAGGCGGAACUGGGAGAUGCAUGGAAGGAGGCGGAGAGGGUGGCGCAAGAAUUAGAUGACUACGAAGCCGCGAUUGAGGCAGAUGAUACCGUGGCCAUCAUCGGUACAGCCGAAGUCGUUGCCGUGCCUAAACCGACUCCACCGACACACGCACGAAGAGCGUCCAUCCCAAUGUCGCCUACGUUGGUGGCUUUCACACCGAUGUCCCCUACAGGCUCGGGACCAAAGACACCUGCAUUGCCCCCAUCGCCUGGACCUUCGCAGUUUGUGUUCCCGGAGGUACACUUGAAGGCGAAGGAAACUGAGGCUGAAGAUGUCCCUGAUACAGUAAGCACGCGUAGUGCGAAGAGCUACAGGAGUGCAUGGACGGCCGAAUCCAACAGCCAUGUCGCGGGCAUUCAAGCGGCAAAGAAAAGAGGGCAUCGUGCCUCUCAAAGUAGCUUGCGGCUGAAUACCGGACACGUGAGGAUGUACAGCGACCCACGUUCACGGACACCGUAUGAGGACCAUCCCCCUGUCCCCGAGCUACCUGUACAGUUUGCGCCGUUCAAUGGCAUAAUGAGCGCGGGUUCCGCGAAUGCGUCGUCUGCGUUGAUUAACCACUUUGACACCCAUCUCAGCCCACGUCUUCGUCGUCAAGUCAGUCUGGAUUCUGUUCGUACUGGGGCCAGUCGGGCUGCACCCAGUUCAUACCGAGGAAGAGCGGCAGCUGUAGAUGACCUAUAUAUUCGUUCACAGAAUAUGAACCGGCAUCCAUUGGCGUCAUCUGAAGAUACAGAGAUUAACAAUAUACCCAGAACCUUUUCUAUGGAAGAUUAUGGGUCCAAUAGCAACAAAACUUCUGGCAGUCCUACAACCAGCCGACCUCCAGCCAAAGAUACGUCAAAGGGCAUUCCUUCAAUGUGGAUGAAUGUGGACGCCGUCAAGCCCCACGCUACGCCCACGCGAUCGAAAUCACCCGAGGAGCCGCAGCCUCCGAAAUCUCCUGUUCCGUCCUCGACGUCUCCCGUUUCAUCGGGUGUGUCGCAUCACACGCAUUUAAGCAAGAUGACGCACAAUACACAGGCGUCGAUGAAGAGCUCGACCUAUGAUAAAAUCCGUGGUCUAACGAAACGGUAUUCUGUUUCUUUGCCUCUGUUUAAUUCUCAAUCAAAAAGCUCUCUGCACCGUGGCGGUUGA